CAAUAUAAACAUGUUAACAUAACCGAAGGGCCGAAGCAUUCUUCAUGGACAAAACAAAAGUUCAGAAGUUAGAAAAAUGUUAAAGAUAUACCCGAGUUUUCCAAAAAUAUCCGUUUAUUUUACCUAGAAAUUAUCUUUAUCAUAUCUAACAUAUAAUGUGCUCAUGCUGGGUUAAUCCUCAUUUGCUCUGUGUUAUUUUUUCAAAGUAAUUUGCGUUAAUGUGAUAUUUGCAAAUAUGGUUGACACUUCAAGUUUAUAUUUUCAAACCGUUCCUGGUUGAAACCUUUGAAAGGAAAAGCAAGCUCAUUUUUUGACGAUGAUGGACAGCUUUAAUCCUGUGCUUGCUUUGGAAAACGCUCGUAGUGCUGAGAACGAAGUUAAAAUACUCGAAAAAUGGUGUCGAUUUCUAAGUCCCAACAACGAACAAGUUGUAAAUUCGGACGAUGGUGAUGCUGAUGCAGACUCAGAUUGGUUAAGGAAUUCUAAUGAUGGAGACGUUAUAAACCCUUUUCCUGAUAAAACACCUCAAGAUGUACUCAAAGAACAAGAGUGUUUAAACAAAUUCACUUUUUAUUUAUUCGAAAGACGAUACGGCUGGUCUGAACAUUUAAUUCAUCUAGACUCGGCCAUAGCAAAAGAAGGAUCUGGCCAUUCUUGUUCGGGACGUUCAUCCUCUUUGGGGAUUGAAAGCAAAUCCAAAGGACGGAUUAAUGAAUUAUUAGAUGAUCUUUUAAAAUGGUAUAUCUGUCAAAAAGGUCUUUCAGUAAAUUUACUUAAAAGCUUAACACACACUCUCUCAAAAGCAUCCAACUUUCCGGUUGUCCGAAAUCAAACUCUCAUUCAUAUUCUUGACUGGUUAAAAGUUGCUGCGAAAGAAGGCUUUGAGCCAACAACAUUUUCACUUGUUAAGGAUCUCAUAGUGACCGGUUUGACGGAUGUUUGGUCAGCAAUACGAAAUGCAUGUGCAGCCAGAUUGUCACGAAUCAUCGAUAGUUUCACAAUCCCACAAUUAGAGCAUUUGUUUCUUGAAUUAGAACAGAUUUGUAAAUGCAAGACUUCCUCUUGGCAAGCUAAGGAAGGGGCAGUUAUGGGUAUGACAACCAUCAUAAGAAGUUUUCAUGCUAGUAAUCUGCCAGCAACGAAGUCUGAUUCAUCAUCUUCGCCAAAGUUUCAAAUGACGGUUAAGUUUGGUAAAGAGCAUUUAAUGAAGCUACCAGAAUUCAUCACAGAUUCACUUUACACUGUUGUAUUUUCACUGCUUGCUCAUCCCCAAGUGAGCAUAAGAGAGCAUGCUUCUAAAGCGUUCACCUCAAUUUUGUCACGAUCAGAAUCUCAGUACAUUGAAAAGUCAUUUCGACAAGUCAUCAUCCAUCUCUGUAAAGGAACUGGUAUUGACAUAAGCAGUCAAAAAUACGAAAAAUUACCGCAUCACGCUGUUCUCCGUGAAGACUUCACAUUUCUUGACGCAUACGAGGCCCAGGGUCUUCUGGAAGUCAGCAUUUUUCUCAUCAAGCGCAUUCCCGUCAAUCUUCUAAUGGACCGUUGGCCAUUGUAUUUCUCUACAUACAAUUUAUACCUGAUGCAUCCUGCGUCGACGGUGAGACAAGCCAGUAGUGUCGUCUUCAAAUAUCUCGUGACCAAGGAUUAUAGUUCACCAAAAAUCUUGAAACUUGUUCUACAGUGUCUUUGUGAUCAUUGGAAGGUUUCCACAGCAUCAGAUCAAGUGGCUGGGAUAAACAAGAGUGCUCGUUGUAAACAAAAGAUGCCAGCUCAUGGUGGUAGCUCGUGUUGCGAUUGCCAAGAAUAUUGUUCGGAGACGUGCCAAGCCACUUGGAAAUGUAAACGACCAAGCAUUAAAACCAUAAACAAAAUAAUAAGAGGUCUCGAUGAAGAAUCACUGGAGAGUUCACUAUCGUCGACUUGGGAAUGGAGAGAGGGGCGUUUAUUCGCAUACGAACUUAUAUUAAAGUAUCUUAUCACUAACCACAUACACUACGUCUUUCCUUCGUACGCAUUUUCGUAUUCACCUCGGAACGCUUCGUGUUCCGUCGACGAGGCCCUCCUGAAAAGAAAUCGGUGUUUGUACAGCCAGCAUUCCGUCCCGACAUAUACCGGGAGAGACUCGACCUGUUCCCUUCCGGCUUCGAUGGAAGUACCGGAGGAAGGCUCAAACAUUCCUGGACGAUGUAGCGCUCCUGGCACCAGAAAGGAAGAGGUCGAAACUUUAACUUCAAACAACCUCGACUUGGAUAAGCCACGCAAGCGAACCUCUUCGUUCAGCAAACCCGAGAUUUCACCGCCUCGUCUUGUUCGACAAACUACGGUUGCUGUUUUACCUCCAAGACCAAUCCACACCCCCUCUUACAGAAAACAAAACGACCUAUACUUCGCUGACUCGAUGAUAAACAAAGCAAAACUAUCGGAUCAAACAGAGACAAAAAGAACAAAAAAGAAAAGUCUAGCUUCCACUCAUGAGAAGUCAAAAACUGAAAAAGAUGGGAAACGGAUCUCAUGCAAACGUUUUGAUUCGUUUUAUAACAUUUUAACCCAGAUUCUUUUUCAAACAAUUGAAUGUUUGGAGGACAGCAGAUGGGAGUUACGAAGAAUGAGUCAACAGAUUUUGCCAUUAAUAACGGAAACUUUGCGCUGGUUCGAUAUCUCCAUUCUUGAAGACUUUUGGUCCAAAUACUUGUCACGUGAUAAUGCAUUGCUCUGCUAUUCUGCUUGUAUCGCUCUACAAUAUUCCAUUUCACACGCGGGAAAACUGCGUCAGUUCAUCGAUCAACCUCCUGCGACGUGGAAGGACAUCGAAAGUUGUUGCAGUUCAGCAAUGAGUGUGUUCUGUUCCGUCAACAAUGGACUUCAAGCUUGGCUGCCCAAGGUCACCAGUUUGCUGCAAGAUGUUUCAACUUACGAUAGAAUUACAGUUAGCGCGAUGGAGGUCGUUCUAACAAGACAGGCGUUUCUACCUUUAGAUUCGCAUUCUAAAGAGAAAAAUUUUACAGACUCUACGGUGUGUGACGUUAUUACUUCACUCUUCCUCAAAGCUCAUCCCGACAGUCCUUGUGCGCCGUCCAUGAAGAAUUCCCUGUCACUCCAAUCGAAAUGGGAUAGAAAACUUCAUUUCCCAGCUGACGAAUUUUCAUGCCUCUCUUCCAAAGGACUCUCAUUACCUGAACAGGCAAGACAGACUGAACGUUUCCUGUUCCUUGAACUGCAUAGCUUGUUUGGUCAGUUUCUUGGAAGUUGUAGACUAGACGUACAGGUUGUUAUGUUGCCAAUUUUGGUGCAUUCUGUUCACUCAUUUUGUGAUGACACUGCAAUAUCACAUUCUCUUGUUCUCAGUAUCACCAAAGUCACAGACAGCCUUCGGGAUAAACCAAGUGCCAAACACAACAAACAUACGAAUACAAACAAUCUUCUUCUUUUUCUGGAUUUGGCGAUAUGGGAGUUUAGUUUUCUCAUAACGCAAAGGAGCAUUGAUCUAGCCGUGUUGAGGCAGUUACAGGAAUUAUUUUUGACUGUUUUUGAACACAUCGAUCAACCAAGUCAUCUGAAAGAUCUCUUCCAUGCUGUCAGUACAAGACUGAAUUAUGAACCCGACAUGGUGCGUUUAAUGAACUCGGAUGAGGAUGAGGAUGAUGAUGUACCUUGGUCGGAACUACAACUGUUAUCCAAUGAUAUCCCAACAAGUCCCGUUACUGAAUCCCCAUUGCUUCAGAAUGAUAGUGACGACGAUGAUUUGCAAGACGAGUCCGUGGAUCGCGUCAUUCAAGAAUCUGUUGCCUUAAAUCGUUCCAAUGAUUCAUUGGUGAACGGAGGGACGGAUGGUUAUGGCCGUGAGGAGAGUGGUGCGGAGUCCGAUGAGGCAUUCUCUGACUGGGACAGCUGCGAAGAAUUGAUCCUGGACAACGCUAGAGAAGCUAUUGGUGAUUUUAUCAAUCAUCUCUGGAUGGUGUUCAAGAAAAAAGAAUACGGAACUGCAUACUUCAUGCAAGAAUUAAAAAAAUGCGGAGAGGCUGUAGAAAUGGUCAUACGAAGUAUAUUGGAUCCUGAUUCCCUCAAGAAUGUUGGGUGUUGAGUGUACUGUUGACAACUCUUUGUGAGGUUAUACCAGUACAACAUUAUUAGUUAGGCAUGGCAAUGUUUUCCGAUAAAUGAAUGAAUUUAAUAUUGUUUUUAAAU